AAAAAGAAAACUAAAAAAAAAAAAAAACUCAGAGAAGUCAAUUGACGUGAGACUAAACCACGUCUCUCCUUCUUCUUCUCCGUCUCUGUUUUCUCGCAGAAAAAUCGAAAUGCCGAUCUUCUCUUGUUGCAAAAAGGCAAUCUUCUGUUCCUCUCCAGGCCUUGUUGAUAGAGAAUGAAGGACUUGUGUGGCUUUCUCUCAAGCAGCUCUCGUGGAGAUUCCACUCCCCGUAGUCCCUUCUCUCCCUCUACUUCACAUGAUAGGCACAAAUCUCUCCGUCCCAAUUCUUCACCAUUUGAUCCAUUAUCCCCUGGAUCAAUGCUCCAUGGAGGGCACAAGUUCCACGAGGCUUUCCAACUGAAACAGGGUCGGUUUGAUCUCCAAGCUGCAAAGAUUUCAGAAAUGAUGAAAUCAAACAACUUAGAUAAUGCUCCCACUCAGUCACUUCUAAGUAUCGUGAAUGGAAUUCUUGAUGAAAGUAUUGAGAAAAAGAGUGGUGAAAUCCCUCAGCGUGUAGUAUGUCUGCUGAAAAAAGUCGUCCUGGAAAUCGCGCGACGUAUUUCAACUCAAUCUGAGCAUUUAAGAACGCAAAACAGUGUAUUCAAAUCUCGUGAGGAAAAGUACCAGUCAAGGAUAAAAGUUCUGGAAACCUUAGCUUCGGGUACUAGUGAAGAAAAUGAGAUUGCUACUAGACAACUUCGAAAGAUUAAGACAGAAAAGUCCAAGCUGGAAGAAAAGAAGAAAGACAAAGAAGAAGAUAUGGUUAAGCUAGAGAAAGAAAAUGGUCAAUCUAAUCUUGAAAUUUCUACUUUAAGGAGAGAACUGGAGGCAACCAAGAAAGCAUAUCAACAACAAUGCUUGCAAAUGGAAAGCCAGACAAAGACAGAAAAGUCCAAGCUGGAAGAAAAGAAGAAAGACAAAGAAGAAGAUAUGGUUAAGCUAGAGAAAGAAAAUGGUCAAUCUAAUCUUGAAAUUUCUACUUUAAGGAGAGAACUGGAGGCAACCAAGAAAGCAUAUCAACAACAAUGCUUGCAAAUGGAAAGCCAGACAAAGGUUGCUACUGCAGGUAUCGAGGACAGGGUGAAAGAGCUUGAACAAAUGAGAAAGGAUGCAAGCAUUGCAAAAACUGCCCUUGAGGAAAGGGUUAAGGAGCUUGAAGAGCUGGGGAAAAAGGCAAAUGCUGCUAAAACGACCCUUGAGGAAAAAGUAAAGGAGCUUCAACAAUUUAAAAUAGAGAGUAUGACUGUUACUACAAGCCUUGAAGCAAAAAAUCGAGAGCUUGAACAAUUCAAGAAAGAGACAUUGACUGUUAAUACAAGCCUUGAAGCAAAAAAUCGAGAGCUUGAACAGUUUAAGAAGGAGACAAUAACUGUUAGUACAAGCCUUGAAGCAAAAAAUCGAGAGCUUGAACAAUUUAAGAAAGAGAGAAUAACUGUUCAUACAGCCCUUGAAGCAAAAAAUCGAGAGCUUGAACACAAUCUUGUCCACUGGAAGAACAAAGCGAAAGAAAUGGAAGAAAAAUCAGAGUUGAAGAAUCGGAGUUGGAGUCAGAAAGAACUUUCGUAUAGAAGCUUUAUCAGUUUCCAGUUCCGUACACUACAAGAUUUGAGGUUAUAUUCUAAGUCCAUCAAACAAGAAAUACUAAAAGUUCAAGAUAAGUAUACAGCAGAAUUUAGUCAGUUAGGGAAGAAAUUGCUUGAACUUGGAGAUGCUGCUGCAAAUUAUCACGAGGUCCUAACUGAAAACCAAAAGCUCUUCAAUGAACUUCAGGAGCUAAAAGGAAACAUUAGAGUGUAUUGUCGGGUGAGGCCUUUCUUGCGUGGACAAGGUGCAGCAAAUACUGUGGUGGAACACAUUGGUGACCAUGGGGAACUGGUAGUUCUCAAUCCAACAAAACCUGGGAAAGAUGGUCUUCGCAAAUUUAGGUUCAAUAAGGUCUAUAGUACAGCCUCUACUCAAGCUGAGGUAUUUUCAGAUAUAAAACCUCUUAUCCGAUCAGUUCUAGAUGGGUACAAUGUUUGUAUCUUUGCUUAUGGUCAGACAGGAUCAGGGAAAACUUACACAAUGACUGGUCCAGAUGGAGCCAGCGAAGAAGAGUGGGGAGUAAAUUAUCGUGCUCUCAAUGACCUCUUCAAAAUAUCUCAAUCCAGGAAAAACAACAUAGCAUAUGAAGUCGGGGUGCAGAUGGUGGAGAUAUACAACGAACAAGUGCGCGAUUUACUCUCUGGUGAAACUUCUCAAAAGAAACUAGGGAUUCUUUCUACAACUCAACAAAACGGUCUUGCAGUACCUGAUGCAAGCAUGUAUCCUGUGACAUCCACGUCGGAUGUUCUAGAAUUAAUGAACAUUGGACUACAAAACCGAGUCGUUAGCUCCACUGCCUUGAACGAAAGAAGUAGCCGCUCUCACAGUAUUGUCACUGUUCAUGUACGUGGCAAGGACUUGAAGACCGGUUCUGCCUUGUUUGGAAAUCUACAUUUGGUAGAUCUGGCGGGUAGUGAGAGAAUUGAUCGCUCUGAAGUUACAGGAGACAGACUUAGAGAAGCACAGCAUAUAAACAAGUCACUCUCAGCUCUAGGAGAUGUGAUAUUCUCGCUUGCUUCAAAGAGUUCUCAUGUACCAUACAGGAACAGCAAACUAACUCAGCUUCUACAGAGCUCUCUAGGUGGGAGAGCAAAGACACUGAUGUUUGUGCAACUCAAUCCUGAUGUAACUUCAUAUUCAGAGUCAAUGAGUACUUUGAAAUUCGCAGAGCGUGUCUCUGGAGUUGAGUUAGGUGCUGCAAAAAGCAGCAAAGAUGGCAGAGAUGUUAGAGACUUAAUGGAGCAGUUAGGGUCCCUUAAGGACACAAUAGCGAGAAAAGACGAUGAGAUAGAGCGGCUUCAUUUGCUUAAGGACAUUAAUUACCCACAGAGAAAGAGCUUAGGACAAUCCGAUGACUUCAACUCAGAAGCUGGAGAUUCGCAGUUGUCUAUAGAAGAAGACUCAAGAUUCCAACAAGAUUCUCUCAGACCGUCACGACACUCGGUGACGGACGGAGAGACCUUAGCGUCCUCUAUUGAUGCAGAAAAUGAUGAUGAAACAGAAGGAUCCCUUGAUGUUGCUUGUGCUGCAGAAGGGAGAAAACCAUUGAAGAUUCCAGCCAAAACUAAGCCGGUGACUCCAAGGAGUAGUACGACCACACCACGACCACUAGAUAAACUCAAACAAGUCGCUACGAGGACGUCGACCAUUGCAAAGGUCACGUCAGGUUUGUCUUCACCAAAUAAGAUGUCUUCACCACAUAAAAUGUCUUCUUCACCAAGCAUGAAGAAGACAGGAAGUGCUUCUAAUUUGCUCAAGGCAUCGAAAGAUUCAAAACGGUGGUCAUAGACAGACGUUUUGUCCUUUAGGCGGCUAACUUUUUUAAUCUUUUUCAAAGAAUUUAGUUUCUCCUUUCCUCUCUGAACCCAAUAUCAAAUGAUCAAUGGUUUCAGUUGGGACUUACUUUUGUAAAUUUUUUUUGGUUUUUAUAAACACAUGUUGUUAAUAUACGAAUCGUAUAUUGCAUAAUGUAUGUGAGUUAAGUAAUAUAUUAAUAUAUGGAGUAGGGUCA